GCUGCUGCUCCUGAACGCACCGCAUUCCGAUGUGAACGAGAUGUGACCACUGCGCGGACUUUAUGUUUCUAAACCUCUUCCAGCCGCAAUCUGAAGGAAUAAAAUGUCCACGGUGAAGGAGUCCAACAGUUGCCCUGACGGCUACAGGGCGCUCAGCACCUCGGAACUGAGGGAGCUUUUACAAAACGACGACAAAAUGGACCAAAUCAUUCGACUCAAUGAAAAGUUUCAGGAUUUGCAGGUGGACAGGGAGACGCUGCUGACGUCCAAUCGGAGCGUGGCUGAGGAGAGCCUCGCCCGACGACCUCGCCUUAAUAACGGAAAACUCCAACUCGCAGAGAAAUACCGUGAACUCUCCAACCUGGCAACCACAUGCUGGGAAAAACAGAGCCAGCUCGAGGCUCGUGGCCAGAGGCGCAGCCUGCAGACGGCGCAGAACCUCCUGCAGGAAGAGGUGGCACGUGCUGAGGAGCAUUCAGAGGAGCUGCUGGAAAAGUUCAUGGAGGGAAACGUAAGCCUGGAUGCGUUCCUGGAAUCGUUCCAGAGCUCCAGGAAGACGUACCAUAUCCGCCGGGCUCAAGCGGAGAAGAUGCAGGAGAUCUCUCGUGCAAAGCAGCAGCCGGGGAAAAACAAAAGAGCGGAGGAACAGGAGAGCAAAGUCCCAGAGGUGAAGAAGGACUCAGAGCAGAACCAGGAUCCUCAGCGGCCCAACGGCUUCGUAGCUCAAGGACCUCUCAGAGUGUUCCAGGUCCGCUACGGGCUGACGCCGGCCAUCCUGCUCCCCCAUUACCCUGUUUCUCCCCCUGCCUCGGCUCCAUGCCAUCAGAGUAGUACUCCCCCGCCAGAACCCCCACUGGGACAGACCCACAUCCUCAGCCCCAGCACCCCACUUCCAGGACAUGGCCAGCCAGUCGGCCUCAGGGUCAUUGGACAGUUACCAGGCGGCUGGCCAGCCAACGGGCGGCCGGUCCGAGUGCAGCAGCUGUACAGGCCCAACCCGCAACAGCCAGAGCCACCGUUCCGAUAAGAUCACGGGUGGUCGAGGACGACGAGCCGGUCGAGAGGUCUUCCAAGACAUGGAACCAAACAGUGGCUGUCACAAUCAUGUAAGCAAAGACUGAUCCAGAGACAGACAGCACUGCAAACGUCCGUUUCUGUUCUCCAUCCAUGACACAUUAUGAAACCAUCAGACACAGGGCGAACUAGUGGAGCAGAGAGACGCCGUGUUUCCAUAUGUUUGUCAAGCAAAUUUGAAGUGAAAUGUUGCAAAAAGAGAAAGCAGUCAGAAGGUGGCGCUAGAGUCUACGUUAGAGGACGUAGAAGUCACAAUUAGGGAUGGGAAUUGAUACAGUUUUAUAUGUAUAUAUAUGUCAGUGCGAUUAUUUAGUCAUAUUGUUAUCUUAAUUCCUAAUUCCUGAUUAUUUUUCUAAGGGAACAAGUAGAGCUAGACAGUUCUUAAUGACAGCUGUUUUAUUUUCUGAAACUGAGUGACAGCAAAGAAACGGUGAAGAAAAUAUACAUGCGAUUCAAUACAUUGGUCGUGUUGUAAAAUAGGGUAAAGUGCCAGACACAAAGCAUUCCUGGAAUUUAAACCCACACUGUUUAGAGAAUGAUAAUGGAUUAGAUUUCUGUAGUGCUUUUCAAGGCACCCAAAGUGCUUCACAUUAUUGAUCCAUUAUUCAUUAGCUCUCACAUUCUCACUCUGGUGGUGGUAAA